UUCGCCAAGUGCCGGAUCAGGCAGUCGAAGAUCCAGGAGCGCAUUCGGUCCCCUACCUGGCUACCCCUCAUCCGUCCUGCCAGGUGGUAUUUAUUCAGGGCUGGCGCGAGCGGAGGGGUCGAAUCUGAUGCUCCCAGCUCGCUGAGGAUCGCUGCGAGAUAAGCUUCUGAUUCGGCAGGGAGGCUCUCGAAAUGAUGGAGGAGCAAUCAGCUUCAUAUACCGUGGAUGACGCACUCUUGUCAUCAGGUUUUGGGAAGUUCCAGAUAUUAAUUCUUUCCUAUGCUGGGAUCGGCUUGAUUGCAGAAGCUAUGGAGAUGAUGCUGUUAUCAUUUGUUGGUCCAUCAGUACAGCUAGAAUGGAAGCUUACUUCUCAUCAGGAAAGCAUGAUUACAAGUGUUGUUUUUGUUGGAAUGCUGAUAGGAGCUUACUCAUGGGGUGUGGUUUCAGACAACUAUGGAAGGAGGAGGGGCUUUCUCUUUACUGCCAUUGUGACAAGUGGAGCUGGAUUUUUGAGUUCUUUCGCUCCUAACUAUCUGUCAUUAAUAUCUCUUAGAUUCUUAGUUGGUAUUGGUUUGGGAGGAGGACCUGUUCUCGGAUCUUGGUUCUUGGAGUUUGUUCCUGCACCAAGUAGAGGAACCUGGAUGGUGGUAUUUUCUGCAUUUUGGACUGUUGGGACCAUCUUCGAGGCAUCUCUUGCAUGGAUGGUUAUGCCCAAGUUUGGCUGGAGGUGGUUGUUAGCACUAUCAUCUGUUCCAUCUUUCCUCCUGCUCCUAUUUUAUGCCAUUACGCCAGAGUCACCAAGGUUCCUAUGCAUGAAAGGCAGAACAACCGAGGCUGUGGAUGUAUUGGAGAAAAUGGCAAGACUAAACAAUGUGCCUUUACCUUCAGGCAAGCUUGUUUCUGACAAAAAUAUCGAGCUAGAUGAAGUUUCAGUAUCUUCGGAGUCCACAACACUUCUGGAUGGUGCUGAAGAAAGUUACAACAUAGAUAAAGAUGAAGGUUCUGAUUUUGGAGGUUUUAAGUCCGUUGGCAAGCUACUUUCGCCAAAACUGAUCAGAGCAACCCUACUUCUGUGGAUGGCCUUCUUUGGAAAUGCAUUUGCCUAUUAUGGGAUUGUUCUUCUGACAUCAGAGCUAAGUAAUGGAAAUAGGAUAUGUGCGAAAGAGGAGGUUGAAUCAGUACAUUCAAAUAACGCAAGCUUAUAUAAGAAUGUUUUCAUAUCUAGUUUUGCAGAGAUCCCGGGAUCAAUUCUGUCGGCCAUGGUUGUGGAUCGAUUUGGCCGGAGGCUUUCCAUGGCGUCCAUGCUCUUCACUAGCUGUGUUUUCUUGUUCCCACUAGUGUUCUCCCGGACAGAUAUAAUAACAAGAAUCUCCCUGUUUGGUGCCCGGCUCUGUAUCGCUGCCAGCUUCACCAUUGUAUACAUAUACGCUCCAGAGAUUUACCCGACCUCGGUGAGGACAACGGGCAUCGGUAUCGCGAGCUCGGUGGGCAGGAUCGGGGGCAUCCUCUGCCCACUGGUCGCGGUCGCCCUGGUGCACAGCUGCCACCAGACGACAGCGAUCAUCCUCUUCGAGAUUGUAGUCUUCUCCUCCGGCCUGGCCGUCGCAUUCUUCCCCUUCGAGACGAAGGGGUGUAGACUCAACGACACCGAGGUCGAUAUGAACUGAUCACACGAUUUGUUGUACUGUGAGAAACAUUUUAUUUUUUGCGGCGAGAACAUGGGAUUCCUUACCUGAUUGAUCGAGCGAUUUUUAUACGAUGUACACGGCACGACACGACUGAUGUUCUGCCUUUGGAAAUAAAUAAAUCUGCCGACGAGAUGCUUUUAUCUCGUUGACUUGUUACAA